GUUGUGCCGACUGUGAAUGAAGUCGGUUGUUCCUAACAUGCCGUUUUGAUCAUUAGACCUGGACAACUGGAACUAUUUUGUACGACGUAUGUUAAUUGCAACUUUUGUUUAUGUUUUCAGACAAAAUUAUGCCACCUCAAAACUGAAAAAUUUGACAGACUUCGGUUUUGAAUUUUCUUAGAAUUAGUCGCUGAGUUAUGUUUGUUUUCAUAGUAUAUGUUUCAGUGGCUUUGCAAAUACUCUCCAGGGGUUUCACGUUUUGUUUGUUUUAUUCCUAUAAUUAACCUUGAGGACCACUGCGUUGCCUAUCUGUUUGUUUGUUAGUUGGCGAUGGAGUUGGCUAUCCCGGUUGAACAGAUUGGAUCCGAACACCAAAAGAUUCCGGCACUGUUGGUUGGCAUUGAAAAAACGGUGUGUACGAUACGGUACACUGCAAAUCACUGUACAAUUAAAGUCGGUCUUUCCGAGCUUCAGUUGGCCCCAAAUGCAUUUUCGAUCAACGACAAGCUGGAUGUCCAAUCUGGUUCGUCUGAAAAUGAGGAAACGUCUCAUAAUUCAAAUCAUAACUUCUCACUCAGAGAUCCUGUUGAAGUCUGGCUAGAUUCUGGUUCAACUGCAAAGAAAAAAAGUACAGCAGAUGUAGAAUCGAGCGACUCUGUAGAAACCAUGUCUAGUGGUCCACCUGGGGCGUGGUGGCCUGGUCGAGUUCUUACCAUACAAGGUGGCUUCGCACAUGUCGAGGUUGCUGCCCCAUUACAGGAGUACACAGGUGUAGAAGACAAACCAACUGCACAUGCCAUGCCUCAUUUAAUUGGACUUGGUUCUGUAGUCUUGCCAUAUCGCUCAACUCUUGUCAAGGUAACGGAAAUUCGAGUUCCAUGGAAUGGCAAGUUUUCGUGUGAUCAUACGGAGGAUCGAUCUCAAGCGGGUACUUUGACGUCAGGCUUCAUUAAGGACAACUUAGUCGAAUCGAAUAAUUUGUUAAUCCCAGGAAUCCUUCAUCGUCACAGUAUUUGCAUUCCAGCUUACUUGUAUCGAUUAGCAGCCAAUCCAGAAUCGCAUUCAACUUUAGCUAAAUUUUGUAGUGCUCCAUGUCUUAUCCAGUGUGAUUCUGAACCAUUUCUCCCAGGGACGAUUGCGAAACUGAUACUAGGAGAUAAAGAGGGAUCAAAUGGGUCUGGACGACAUACACCAGUUCAUGCAGACUAUGGAUCGAUGAGCCCUUCCUUGUGUCUAUCGACAUAUACAUGGCCUUCACCAUCUCUGAUAUCACAAGCAGCUAUGAUGAACGUUCCGUAUAUCGCCGGAACACUGAGUCCAGCAGGGAUUACAGACCCAAACAUCCUUUUGACAGGUCUACCUGGAGCUAAUGGACCUCUUGUACUGCUCCAUAUCUGGUCCGGUUCUUCUGAAGCAAUUCGACGCGCAACUUUCUUAGAAUUGGGCCACAUUCGUUUGUUGGCUGUUCGAUUCCACUUGCUAAGAAACUUAUCCAAAGGGGAGACUGGUGAUCUGGAAUUGUCCAACAGCGGUGAGCUAGAUGUCGAAGAUGGCGAUGCUCCUGCAAUUCAUUGUAAACCUAUAAGUAUGCCAGCAACUGUGUCCAGUGACAAACAAGCGUCUGGUGGGAUGAUUAUUGGUUAUGAAUGUCGUUUUCGAAUUUUGCCACAUUUGAUUGGUCUCGCUAUUGGGCAUCGUGGUGCAACUAUUCAAGAAGCUCGAGGAAUACCUGGAGUUCGUGCGGUGGAUCUUCUUUUUGAUGGCAUAGUCCAUGUAGAAGCUGAGACUAUUGAAGCAUGUCACGCAGUGAGAAAUCUUUUGGAUUUCACUGAAGUUGAGAUUCCAGUCCAACCACGAUUAGCAAGUAGACUGAUCGGAUCAAAAGGCAUGAAUAUUCGCAAGUUAGCAGAAGCUGCAGGUGUUCGGCGAGCUAAGCUACUUGAUCCUUUCGCUAGAAAACGCAGACUAAUGGCUCAACGUCAAAGUCAUUGUCCAGUACGUGUUGACUUGGAACGCGGAGGUUCUGUAACAGAUGGCGACGUUCAUGAAGAUACAUCAAACGGUGAAGAAACUGACAACGGGAACGAAAAGCUUUCUGUCAAUCUGGAUGGUUAUUUGAAUGAUGACAAGAACUCCGGUGGUAUCGUCGACUUAUCCCCUGCUUUCUCUCUUGUUGGUACACGUUCAUCUGUUGCGAAAAUGCGUCUACUACUUGAAUUCCAAGCAGAUAAUUGGAAUGAACUAGAUGAAUUAGAAGAAGCCCGGAGAUCGUUGUUCAGUCAGUUGCGUCAAACCAAUCAACUCAAUCACCAAUCGGAUUCUGUAUCACCUACUCGCAUUUCGAAUGGCAGGCCUAGUAGAGGUGGUGGGAAUUUCGGGAGGAAUCGAACUGUGGGUCGCGGUCGUCGACAACCUGAGAGCUUUGUUCCUGAGCAAUCUUUGGAUGAUAAAGAAGUAUCUCAUCCGCCUAAUGCUCAUGGGCAACACCUGCGUGGCAAAAAUACCCACCAGUCAGAUGCACCCAAUAGUAAUAUGAAAAAUCGUCAACCAUCCGUCAAUGAUUCGUAUUCUUGUUAUUCUAACGGUGUAAUGUCAACUGGUGAUCAUGGAAAUCCACAAGCUGACAAUAAAGCUAUUAAGAAUGAUAAUUUGGGCGCAAAUAAUGUAAAUGACGACCAAACAUCAAAACAGAACAACGGUACCUCUAGACGUAGUCAAAACCACAAUAAGGCAAGAGCAAGUUAAUGUUUGCGGAUUUAUGAUAUUUCACCAAGAUCGUAUGGUGUCCUUUUACAUACGUUGCCUUUUCCAAAAGCUAACUAUUUUGAGUUAAAAUGUGCUUUCUUACAGUUAUUAGGUUUAUCUUUCCACAAAAUGUUCAUAAUCGUAUGCAGUGUAGAUGGUCUUCCUCCUAGUAUUCUGCAUAAAUGCUCUUUCAUUUUCGGACUGUAUCUCAACAAUGACAGGACAUCAUGUGUUUGUUUAGAUUUUCGCUUAGCCUUUUGAAGUGCAUUUACACACGCGCCACCACUGUGUAAUUAAACAUGACUUUGUUUCUCUCACCAGUCUGUACCUUUUUACAUUGCAACCUCAAAUUGACUGGCGAUUAUCUUUUAGCUUUUCUCUACCACCAUCCAUCGAUAAAUUUUGAUCUUUGAAAAUAAGAUUGUUGGUUUUGCGUAUUAUUUUUUCUAUGUGGAGGUGGGGUAAACCAUUUCUUCAGUAAACAGCACGAUUGUAAAAAUUGGGAAUCUGUUGUGUUUCUGCUUGAACAUCGAUACUAGAAGUUUGUAAAACGUAGGCGUCUUGAUAGGAACACUUAGUUUAAAUAUGAAGUUAAAUCAGCAUGUCCGAGCCUAAAUGUUUCAGAGAUUACACAUAGGUAUACGUAUUCUGCUCACUUUGCUCAUUAUUUGAUGUUUCAUGGAUCUGUUUUUUCCUGUAAUCACAGUGACUUACGACAAAUAUUCCAAAAUAUUAUCGAAGCCUUCAGACUACAUUUUCACAUGAGAUAUAAUUACAAAAAUACUUUGACUUCACUGAUUUCAUAAUGAUUAAACUGCUAAUGAUGUAAACAACUUCCGUGGUUGUAAUUUCGAAAACUUGAUGUAUUUAUUCGUUUCUUGUCCUUUGAUCCAUUUCGUUUAGAUACAAUCCAAUUCGUCCGGUUAGUGUACUUUGACUUAGUAAUGAGUCAUGUUAGAUCAUUGCAAGCCAUUUUAGUGAAUGUAACAUCUCGAGCCAAAAGUCCUUUGUGCAGAUAUUACAGAAAUAAUCCAACUACAAGCAAUAAGUGGUUUUCGAUUGUGUUGUUCGGAUUUGUCCAGUGACAGCAACUGCCAUCAAAAAUUCCUGAAAAAAAGAAAGAGAAGUGUGUAUACUAAUGCACUAUACAUAAUAUAAUCAUUAAGGGCAAUUAGUCCCGUAUCUACCAUAAACAAGAAAGGUAGAGUACUGCGUUUUUACUAUUAUCUGAGGAAUUCGAAAAGGAUAGUAAAAUUGUUCCUAUGCGAAAAUGUAGUGAAUAGUUUAGUCAAUUUAAAGUUUUUCAAAAUUAUUUACCGACUGGGAUGACUGAUUGUUAUCAUGUGGAUGAUUUGGAAAAGAUGUGCACUUUCCUACACAGCUCAAUCAGUAACGAUAUGCCCAACUGUGAUUUUCUGUUUUCGUCAACCUUAGCUUACCUUCCAACUAAAUAUUUUGAACUAGCUAGGUAAGUUGCUGUGGACGACUUACUGAAUUACGUUAUCUACUCGAAAACAUCUAAUACGAUUCAGAUAAAGAUAUCAAAUGAAGUACUAAAUAGAAAUCUAUAUAGAAAAAUUUACUUUCUAUCAGUCUGAAACAAACAAGAAAUUGUAGACUUUAAUGCAGUAAUAGUCAGUGUUUGUGACAGGGGAGAAAAAAUAUUCUUAUUUGAGGCCACAGAGUCACUAAGUAAAUGCUAUCAAUCACAUUAAAACCUUUAUAUUUGCAGUUUAUCGCGAAAAGCUCUGGGGUUAAGUGUUUAAAACGCAUUAGGUAGGUUUUGGUUACCAUUCAGCACUAAUAAACUGUUACUGAUUAUUAAGUCAAAGUAAUAUUGGUUUGUAUGUAACGGAUUAAAUUAAUAAUCCCAUUACGUACGUUCAAAAAAAGAACACUUACAUCUAAUAGCUUACUGUCAACUAAUUUAUUACCGCUAGUCUAAUGUUCAUAUAGUAAGUUAUGUGGCAUCCUUGUUACUACAGCCACACCUUGCUGUCUAGUGUCAGACAGCAUGAAACCGAGAAAAGAUGCGUCUAUUUAUCAAUGUUCGGUUUGCGGGGGGUUAAUGAGCAUUUCCGAGAAUUUUUAACCCACUUAGUGAGCAAGUGAUGUAUAAAAAAGCGCGAUUUUCACUCAAGACAAUAUUUCAAGCUCUAAUUCUCACUUUAUUUGAUUUUCCUAUCUGUCAGUUUAAGAUGCCCUGCCGUAGCGUGUCCAUAGAAGACAUUUGUAGAUAGCUAUGGACUAUUGAAAUGGAAUCUAUAGUGAAAAUCAUGCCUUUAUUUGCAGCAUUCAUAAACUAAAUGAACAGAUAAAUGCCAACCAAUUCACGAAACUGAUAAUGUUGAGUCGAAAUAAAGAACGAUAGCUUUACAGUAUACCAGUAGAUAUUUUCAAUGAUUGAGUAAAAUCAAUCCAUUAAAUUAAUGUGUAUAUUCGCAAAGCAAUAAUUAGAUAAGCGUAACUUGCGGUUAAUUUUGUAUUAUUGAACAGUUUGGAACAUUUAUAGGAAUAGUCCAAUAAUAUUCAAUUUCAAACAUAUAACAAACUAUUUUGAUGGAAUUUUGUUCUCUGAGCUGGAUAGUUUGGUCAUCGAGCUUUCAUCGUUCUUCUGAACGAUAUCAUCAGCACAAACUUCAGUGCUUAAUUAUCAUGUAAAGUUAAAAACGCUAAUUAAUUGCGUUGAAGUUAUGGAUUAACAAUAAAAAAACUAAGGAGAAUGAACAACGAGAAUCGAAACAGUAGUCUAGUAAACCUGUUUUGGAAUACGACUUAUCUGCCCUGGUUUGACCGAGAGCGGGGUGGCUUCGCCCCCACGAAAUACUCUCACACGGCCACGCGUAUAGAGCCUCUGCCAGGGAAGUCCUAUUCAAUGCUUUCUCGUGGCGGGGGUGUUGUUUACGAAAAUGAGAGGACGAAAAGCGAAUGUCCGGCGCUUUAACCGGAUCCCAAACCAAUGGUGCACAUGGGCUCCAAUAUCCUGUGGGAACAAAUGGCGUAUGAGCCAAUCGUUGGUCAUCGGCUACCAUGGGACUGCAUCUCCUUACGAUGCUC